ACAUUUAUUUUCGAAUUGCUUAAUUGACCGUUUAUUACUGUAGACGUAAAUAUAUUAUGUUUAUUUAAAUUCACUUGUAGAUAAAUGUGUAGAAAUAGGAUAUAUGUUUAAGAUAUAUGAAAUUUGAUUCAUUUUAUUAUUUAUUUUCAUUCAAAACUGACUAUUUCGGAAUACAUAAGCUCCCUUGAUUUUAUUAUUGUCUUUUAUUAUUGUCUACUUCGUGUGCAGAUAAUUAAUUUUUUAAAUCAAGGUAAAAUGAAUAUUGUUUGUAUUAUAUGCAGUGAUUUAUUAAUGCCAUCAGAUGAUGUGUUUUAUACACCAUGUGGUCACAUUUUUCACUUUACAUGUUUAAUACAGUGGUUAGAAAGAUCAAAGUCAUGUCCGCAGUGUCGAGAAAAAACAAAUCAAAAUAAGAUACAUAGAAUCUAUUUUAAUUUCUCUAAUAAUGAUACUAUUGUAGAGGAUACAUCUUUCUUGCAAGAUAAAGUUGACAAACUUACAUUUCAAAUUUUACUUAAAGACAAGGACAUUAAGCAUUAUACUGAGAAAAAUGAGAAUUUGGAGAAACAAAAUUCUGGGUUAAGAAGUGAAGUCAAAAAGGCCGAAAGUGAAGUACGUGAGAAAGAAACUGCCAUUCAUGCAUUAAAAGAGCAAAUAAAGUACUUCAGACAACAAUGCACAGAAGUGGAUAUUAUUAAUCAGGAAGUCAUUAGGUUAAGGAAAAGAGUUGAAGAUUUAAAAAAUGUACAACUUUUAAUGGAUGCUCCUGCUGAGGAAGUAGACGAUAUGGUUUCUAAAACAAAUGAUUCUAGUACACUUAUUACAUAUAUAUCUAUAAUGAAAAGAGAAAUGGCUAAAUGUGUAACUAAACGAAGAGAGAUGAGAGCUAAAUUGCAAAACAUACAGCAGGAACUCACUAAAGUUUCGAUGGAACGUAAUUAUCUACUUGAAGAGCAGGAAAAACGAAAAAAGUUGGAAGAAGAAUUAAUAAUAUGCGAGAAUGAAAAAAUGGUAUUACAAAAUAAGCUUCAAGAUAUUGAAAAUAAUGGAUAUAUCAAAACACAUGUAUCAAAUAUAAUGAAAACAAAAGAGAGCUAUUCGAAUUCUAUUAAAAUAUCUAAAGGAGAAAUUAAAUAUACUGAUCAGAUGGGUGUCAAGAAUGAUACAAAAAGCUCUCUGAAAAGAAAAACAAAUUUCAUAAUGGAGGAUAUCAAAAUAAAUUCACCUAAUAUUCCAGUCCAAUCACAAGGUAUUUUAGCUUUAAAGGAACAAUAUACUGCACGACGAGCUACCAGAUCUACGUUUUCUAUUUUAACGAAAAAACCCAGACUUUCCCAAAAUUCUGUUGAAUCUGUAAAAAACGGUUCAAUCACAUAUGAUGGUUUUGGGGGUCACUCAAAGUAUGAUAAAUUUCCUAGUCCUAUUCAAAGUGCUAAAUUAAAGAGAACGAAAGAGUGUUUGUCUAAGCCAAGGAAAUCUAAACUUGACACAGGAGACAAUAAAAAACUUAGUGAUUUAAUUGUAGAUAUAUCAUGAUACUUGAAUUAAUCUAAUAUUCUAUCUUUUAUGAUUAUAUUUAUAUUUUAUAGUAAUUUACAAGUGUAUUAGUUUGUAUAUGUGCAGUACGCCAUCUUUAUUAUUUUUUAGAUUAGAUGGAUUUUAUGUGAUUAUAUUUAGUGAAAAGCCAUAAAACAACUGAAAGUUAGUUAAAAGGUUAUAAUUCAAGGUGCUGAUAUUAACGAAGUUGAAAAUAAGAUAACUUAUAUAAAUAUAUUUUUGAUGUUAUUAUUCAUAUUUACUAUUUAAUAUAGUCUUAUUAUAGUAAUAAAUAUAAUAUAUAUAAUAAUGCAUUGUAUGAGAAAGAAUUAAUUUUAGAAAUUGAAAAUAUUGACUUGAUCAUUGCCACAUUGUAGAUGAUAAUUAUUCAAUUAUUUUACUACAUGUCAAAUUUCAAAAGUAACAUGAAAAUGAUAAAUAAGCUCUUCUUUCAUAUUCAGGAAAAUAAAAAAUAUAAUUAAACAUGACAAAUUCUCUCUCUACAUACUAUUCACCAAUUUUAAAACCAUGUUUUAUGGGACCUCAACUCCUUUCAAAACACGAUUUGGACGGUACUGAUAUAAGAGGUUAUUUCAGGAAUUAUAGAAAUGGGACGAUUUCACGAAUUAUUGUUAGUGGUCAUCGGUUGUUUCAAAUUAAAUCUUUAACGAAUUAAGAAACUUUUUUUUUCCAAUAAUUCAUAUUUUCUUAUAUUUCUUAUUUAUUAUAAUAUUUUUCAUGAAGAUACCAUCGUAUAGUUGGAAUGUUUCAAAGAAAUCCUACACUCCACGACCAAGUUCUAUAAUGACUUUUCAGGAUCGACUCCGUUCUCUUGCAUUUCCACAGAACAAUAUUUCUACCAUUGAUCCGAUACUCAUGAAA